AUGGGACAUGUAGUGAAAGCAGAAGGAAUAGUAGUAGAUCCAGCCAAGGUGGAAGCAGUGUCUAAGUGGGAGCAGCCUACCAUAGUCACUGAGGUUCAGAGUUUUCUGGACAUGGAAGGAUACUACAGGUGCUUUAUUAAGGAAUUCUCCAAGAUUGCACAACUGCUCACCCAACUGAUGAAGAAAAACAACCGGUUUACGUGGGAUGAGAACACAAAAGUGGCCUUCUUAGUGCUGAAGAUGAGACUAACUUCCACCCUAUUAAAGAAGCAUGAAGAGAAUUACUCGACGCAUGAUCUGGAAUUGGCAGCAGUGGUCUUCGCCUUAAAGAUAUGGAGACACUACCUCUAUGGGGAAGAAUUCCAGUUGUUCUAUGACCAUAAGAAUCUGAAGUACAUAAUUACGCAGAAGGACUUGAACAUGCGCUAG